UUUCCAUUGAGCAUUUACUUUAUUUCUUUCUAUAAAUAUCAUCUCAAUAUUCUCAAAACUCACACUCAUCCACCAAAAAAAUGAGAAGUAUAUUACUAAGCCUCGCUUUGUUAGCAACUUUAGGUUUCAGUGUGGUGAGUAAAACACCAUGUGGAUCAAAGACAUGUGGCAAUGGUGAGUGUUGUAGCAAAUAUGGGUUUUGCGGCAAAGGUAAAGAUUAUUGUGGUGCAAAUUGCAGAGGAGGCCCUUGUACAAUAAAUGAUGUUUCGGUUGCUAAAAUCGUCACACCACAAUUCUUCGAUGGAAUAAAGAAUAAGAUUGCUAAUCAAAACUGUCCAGGCAAGAAAUUCUACACCCGACAGGCUUUUCUCGUUGCUUUGAACUCAUAUAGUCAUUUUGCUAGAAUUGGCACUCUUGCUGAUUCCAAACGUGAGAUUGCAGCAUUUUUCGCUCAUGUCACUUUUGAGACUCGAUAUUUUUGCUUCAAGGAAGAGAUUGGAAAUCGAAAUGAAAAGUAUUGCGAUCAAAGUUAUAAGCAGUAUCCAUGUAACCCGAAAAAGAGAUACGAUGGGCGUGGUCCUCUCCAAUUAUCAUGGAACUACAAUUAUGGUGGAGCUGGGAAAGCCAACAACUUCGAUGGGUUAAAUUUUCCUGAAAUAGUGGCCAAUAAUCCUGUCAUUUCUUUUAAGACAGCCUUGUGGUUUUGGGUGGAGAAUGUUAGUCCUGUCAUAGAACAAGGUUUUGGAGCAAGUAUUAGAAAAAUAAAUAGAAUAGAAUGUGGUGGUAAACAACGUGUAAAAGUUAAAGCUCGGGUUGACUUGUACCGCAACUAUUGUCGCCAAUUCGGUGUUAAACCUGGAAGAAAUCUUUUCUGUUAGGAUCUCAUUAUGUUAUGUUAGAAUAUGGUGUUUCAAUGUAACUUACUAUAAUAAUAUUUGUAGUCCUCUAA